CCACUGCGCCGGAGCCUUAAGAGUGCUGCACCUCGGCCGACGGAAGUAGUUCGUCGGGCGGAAGCUUAUCCACAGGAAGUAGCGGAAGUGCUUUCUCUUCCGGUCUCUUUGGCCUCGGCGGCAGAAGCAAGAUGACGAAAGGAACGUCAUCCUUCGGAAAGCGUCGCAACAAGACGCACACGUUGUGCCGCCGCUGUGGCUCUAAGGCCUACCACCUUCAGAAGUCUACCUGUGGCAAAUGCGGCUACCCUGCCAAGCGCAAGAGAAAGUACAACUGGAGUGCCAAGGCGAAGAGACGAAACACUACCGGGACCGGGCGGAUGAGGCACCUAAAAAUUGUCUACCGAAGAUUCAGACAUGGAUUCCGUGAAGGGACAACCCCUAAACCCAAGAGGGCAGCUGUUGCAGCAUCCAGUUCAUCUUGAGGAUUUCAAUCUGUCAUAAAAUAAAUGUUCUGGUUUCAAAAUGA